AUGCCGGGCCGACUCCCUACCAAAGCUGACUUUCCGUCGUCAGCGACGCUCAGCAUCACGCCACCACCGUCUUCGCAGCCGCCCACCAACAUCUUGAUCCUCCUACACGGACUCGGCGAUACGAACGCACCCUUUACAAGGCUCGGUGAGCAGCUUAAUUUACCUGAAACAGCAUGUCUCGCCUUACAGGCACCGAAUCCCGUGCCGUUCGACCUCGGUGGAACGCACUGGGGUGAAGAUAUGAUCUUCGACUCCAGUACCGGCGAGAUGGACAUGGAUACCGGUCUCCAGGGGUCAACACGUCUGGUACUAGACCAGAUCAUCCGUGAAGGUCUCAUUGGGAGAUGUGGCUACAAAGGACGAGAGAUCAUGAUCUUUGGAUUCGCGCAAGGCGGCAUGGUCGGACUGCAGGUCGCAGCCGAGUUCGAGGAAGAACUAGGCGGGGUGAUAAGUAUCGGUGGGCCACUGUCACAAUCAGUGUCCCUGAAAGCUCUGCAAAACAAGAGCAAGACUCCGGUGCUGGUGUGCAAGGCAAACAAGAAGUCGGCAGUCACGGACAGUGCUACGACGAAGCUGAAAGACGCUUUUGACUAUAUUGAGUUCAAAGAGUGGGAGAAGAACGGCGACGGUUACGAAGUACCAAAGGAGUUCCUGCAGGUAGCGUCGAGAUCAGUUAGGCAAGUCAUCGAUCGCGUUCCAAAAGGCCUUAGUAUGGUGAACGGCAUCUUUCAAAAGACCAUCAUGGACGUGUGGCGCCUUUCCAAGUGCUGGCUAAGGCCGGAAUACCUUGCCGUAUUUAAACACGCCAAUAUUGAGUCGAAGCACUUGAUUACGCUUGAUGACUUACCCGCGCUAUCCGACAUAGAGUCGAAGCUUGCACCUGAGAAUACCAAAUGGAUUUUGGUAGACCACAAUGCUCUGCAGGGUCAAUUAGGCAAGAUGUAUGCCGAGCGCGUCGCUGGCGUCAUUGACCACCAUGAUGAUGAAAAGAAAGUUCCGGAGGACACAGGUGAGGAGCCGAGGAUUAUCGAGAAGAGUGGCAGCUGCACUAGCUUGAUCGCAAACUACUGUCGGCCAUCGUGGGAUAUGGCUUCGCUAUCUGCCCUGUCUUCUGGAGCAGCUCAUGCGCAGGGUGACAGCAUGUCCAACGACGCUGCCUUUGUUCAGCGCUGGGAUGCGGAUAUUGCCCAAUUAAGCUUGGCCAGUAUUCUUAUUGAUACGGCUGAUCUCAAUGACGAAAACAAAACGACCGAGCAUGACCGUAAGGCUGUCGAGUACCUGGAGGCUAAGAUUAUGCUUUGUCCCCAGCUAGCUGCAAGCUUCGACCGAACCAGCUUCUACAAGGAGAUCAAUGCAGCAAAGAAGGACAUUGGAAGCCUAAAGCUGCAAGACAUACUUCGGAAAGAUUACAAGCAGUGGGACCAGGGUGGUCUGAAGCUCGGCGUCAGCUCCGUUGUCAAGUCUAUCGAGUUCCUCCAAAACAAGGCUGGUGACGAGGGAAGCGCUCAGACAGUUGAGGCAUUCCUCGCAGCGUUGAAGGAAUUUGCAAAGGACCGGGAUUUGGACAUGUAUUCCUUGAUGACCACAUCCACAGGUUCAGAUGGCGGUUUCCAGAGAGAGCUGUUAUUAUGGGCCUUCAACGACGGCGCCGUGUCAGCUGCCAAAAACUUUGCCACGAAUUCAAAAGACGAAUUGGGAUUGGAGGAGUGGCAGAAUUCCGACGACAUUGACAGCAAGAGGGAGUGGAGAAAGACUUGGUGGCAACGACAAGUGCAGCACAGUCGGAAACGUGUCGCACCUCUACUCAGGGAAGCCAUGACUUGA